AUGACUGGAGACAUUUUGGCUGUGGCCAUUUGGAAAGUGUCUGUAGUAUUUGUAUUCUGGUAUGUGGAAGCUGUAUUUCCAAGAGAUUAUGGUGUGCCUUACCCUUGGUACUUUUUUGGCAAGUAUUCGUACUGGAACGAGAAGACAACAUCCAUUUUGCGAAGGAGAAGGAAACAUUUAGGUGUGAAGAAAAAUUCUGAAGAAUUCUUUGAACCUGAACCUGAAAACUUGGUGGCUAGUAUCCAAAUAAAAAAUCUAACCAAGCUGAAAGGAUUGCCUUGGGACAUAUGCCACAAUGAAAUUAAUAAUGCCUUGAAUUUCUUUAAAUUGCAAGAUAAACGACAUUCAUUUCCUAAUUCAUUGAGUGGAGGAAUGAAACGCAAGCUUUCUGUCAGUAUUGCACUUAUAGGGAAUCCUAAGGUGGUGAUGCUAGAUGCGCCAACCACUGGCAUGGACUCCGUGUCAAAGAAAGCCACCUGGACUCUCCUUCAACAGCAAAAAUAUGGCCGCACUAUCCUACUCGCCACUCCUUCUAUGGAUGAAGCAGACCUCCUGGGUGAUCGCAUCGCCAUCAUAGUCAAGGGGAACCUGCAGUGCUGUAUAGGAUAUCAUAUGGUUGUCGUGAAAGAGCCCCACAGUAAAGAAGCAACACAAAUUGCCAGUCUUAUAUAUAACUAUGUACCAAAUGCCAUUUUACAAAGCCAUGUUGGAUCUGAGUUAUCAUUUAUCCUACCUAAAGACUAUGCAAAUAGGUUUUCAGAUUUAUUUACUGAACUGAAAAAUCAACAAUUGAGCCUGGGCAUUGCCAGUUAUGGUGCCUCCUUCGCCACCAUGGAAGAAGUCUUCCUUAGGGUCAUCCAAUUGACAGACUCCAUGGUGGAUCUCCAGGCCAUUCAGCUUCCCACCAAGCAUGAUCGUAAUAAAGUACAGCGUUACUGCUCAAGUUGGGAUCAUAAGUCAAAGAGUGAAAGCUUGAUGUCAGCGGACCUGUCUAACAUCCAGUUUAACACUGGGAUUGUUCUUUGCAUCCAGCAGUUCUAUGCCUUGCUGAUAAAAAGGGCUCUUUAUACUUUUCGUCACUGGAAGAUCAUGGUAUUGCAGAUUUUGAUACUACUGUUUUUCACUGCCUUCUUCCUAAAAGUCAUCUUCUACAACUCAGAAGUGAAGGAUCCCCCUUCUUUGGGCAUGGAUUUGCACAAGUAUGGUCAAUCUAUUGUGCCUUAUACUUUCUCUCUGGACACUGAGUUGGGCAUUCGGUUUUCAGACCACAUAAAACUUAUACUAGCAAAUGAGAAACAACUGCCUCACCCAGUCACAGGUAACAUGGAAGAGUACCUAUUGAAAAGUAGAAGCUGUAAGGAACAAUGUAUUGUUGCUGUUUCCCUUGAUGUCCAAGAAAGCAAAGCCAUCUUCACUGCUCUGUUUAACAACCAGGCAUAUCAUACUGCUCCAACAGCCCUGAAUUUGGUCAACAAUAUUCUGUUUAAGUUACUCUCUGGCCCUGGUGCUUCGAUCUCAGUCGCUAACAAGCCUCAACCUCCAACUGCCAGUCAAAAACUGAAGAAACAAUUUCAUAAGGGCAUUAAAGGGUACGAUGUUGCCUUCAGUUUGUUCCUUGGCACAGCCAUUGUGGCUAGCAGUUUUUCUCUCCUGACAAUAAGCGAACGAGUCUGUAAGGCUAAGCACAUCCAGUUUGUCAGUGGAGCACACAUGGGCGUUUUCUGGCUUUCUGCUUUGGUUUGGGAUAUCAUCAUCAUCUUUGUGUGUUCCCUCCUCCUGCUGGUAGUCUUCUACAUCUGUCACGUGGACGUGUUCUUUGAAGGCAACAACUACACAGACGUCUUGCUGAUCUUAGUGCUGUUCGGCUGGUCCAUCGUUCCCUUCAUAUACUUGAUGAGCUUCUUGUUUUCCAACAGUGCUACUGCCUAUACCAAAUUGCUUGCAUUCAACUUGCUUACAGGCAUUGCCAGUUUUUUCUUGGUCCACAUGAUUGAUACUAACAUGAUGAAUCUGGGUCGUUUCAACCAACUACUGGUCGGUCUAUGCUUUCUGUUUCCCACUCACAACUUGGGACAAUCCAUCAGCGGAUUAUACGACAACUUCCAAGCCCAGAAAUACUGCGCCCGCUCUUACGGAGACUGCACGGGGAACAGCAUCAAAUCGAAACAGGCCUCUUAUGGAUUUGAAGGUCAUGGGAUUGGAAAAUAUGUGAUUGCCAUGAUUGUCACAGGCUUCCUGUUUCUCACUCUGCUCUUCAUCAUUGAGGUCAACCUCUUGAAAAUUAGGUCGUUUUUCUCUGAUUUCCUUUAUGGUAACUUCCUCAAAAAGCGGAAGAUGGCACAAGUUGGCCAUCAGUCAUCGUUGGAGUCGGAUGAUGAAAGUUUAGUACAUGAAAGAAAAAGAGUCCUAAAGUGCACCCCAGAGAAACUAUCAUCCUUAAACAGUCCUCUGAUCCUUAAAGAACUCUUAAAGAUAUAUUUUCAACCAGUGCCUCUUGUGGCAGUAGAUAGAUUCACACUGACAGUUGAGAAAGGAGAGUGCUUUGGGCUACUUGGCUUAAGUGGAGCUGGGAAAAACAGCAUCUUCAAAAUGUUGACUGGAGACAGCAUCAUCACCUCUGGAGAGGUCAUAUUUGGUGACAAAAACAUAGGACAGGUUCAUCAAGGAAUCAGCUACUGCCCUCAACAUGACCCUUUACUGGAACAUUUGACAGGGUAUGAGAUGCUGGCCUUACAUGCCCGUCUGUGGGGAGUUCCUGAGCCCUGUCUUCCUGCUUAUAUUAAAAAUAUGCUAAGCACACUCUCCCUGGGUGCCUUUGAAGAUGAACUCAUCAUGAACUUCAGCAGUGGCACCAAGCGUAAGCUAAGCACAUGUAUUGCCCUGCUGGGAAGGCCGGACAUCAUCUUCUUGAAUAAGCCAUCCUCCAGCAUGGAUUCUGUGGCCCAACGCUUCCUCUGGGACAUGAUCUCACGGAUCCGUGAGUCCUGCAAGGCCAUUGUCAUAAUCCCCUAUAGUAUGGAAGAAUGUGAAGCUUUGUGCACAAGACUAGCCUUUAUGGAAAAUGGGAAAUUGAAGUGCCUGGGCAGUCCACAGUAUCUCAAGAACAAGUUUGGAAGUAGAUUUAAGCUACUAGCCAAAAUCAAGAGGAACAAGGCACUGGAGGGACUUCAAGAGUUAAAGAUGUUCAUCCAAACAACCUUUCCAGAGAGUUCCCUAAUGCACGAAUGCCAGAGGACAGUCCAUUACCAUAUACCCAGCGAGAGCCUUACCUUGGGAAAGGUCUUUGAUAUCUUAGAGUCAAUCAAAGAUAAAUGUGGAUUAGAAGCCUAUUCCAUUAGUCAUAACACCUUGGAGAAAGUAUUCCUGAACUUUACCCAAAUUCAAACAGAAUAA